GCGGUGCUAGUGGCGGGAAGAAUAAAGAUGGCGGUGCGGAGGUCUCCGCCUUCUGCUCCUGGUUGAACCUCUCUGAGAGAGGCGGCAGCAGUAGCCCAAGUCGCACCAGCAGUCUAGUAGUGCUAGUUUCGGCCGCAGCUGCAGGAAACUAGAACCAUGGCAGAGCUGGAGCACCUGGGCGGGAAGCGGGCAGAGUCGGCGCGAAUGCGGCGGGCUGAGCAGCUGCGGCGCUGGCGGGGCUCGCUGACAGAGCAGGAGUCCGCGGAGCGACUGGGCGCGGGGCGACAGACGCAGACGAGGCGCGGGAGCCCCAGGGUCCGCUUCGAGGACGGCGCUGUCUUUCUGGCUGCCUGUUCCAGCGGGGACACCGAAGAGGUAAAAAAACUUCUGGCCAGAGGGGCCGACAUCAACACAGUCAACGUGGACGGCUUGACAGCUCUGCACCAGGCCUGUAUUGAUGAAAAUUUGGACAUGGUGAAAUUUUUGGUGGAGAACAGAGCCAACGUAAACCAGCAAGAUAAUGAGGGCUGGACACCUCUCCAUGCGGCAGCUUCCUGUGGCUAUCUCAACAUAGCAGAGUACUUCAUUAAUCACGGAGCAAGUGUGUGUAUGGUGAACAGUGAAGGUGAGGUCCCCUCUGACCUUGCAGAAGAGCCAGCUAUGCGGGAUCUUCUUCUGGAGCAAGUGAAGAAGCAAGGAGUUGAUCUAGAGCAGUCAAGAAAGGAAGAAGAGCAGCAUAUGUUACAGGAUGCCCGCCAGUGGCUCAACAGUGGGAAAAUAGAAGAUGUGAGGCAGGCUUGCUCGGGGGCCACAGCCCUCCAUGUGGCUGCUGCCAAGGGCUACUCUGAAGUCCUCAGACUUUUAAUUCAGGCUGGCUAUGAACUCAAUGUUCAGGAUCAUGAUGGCUGGACUCCCCUCCAUGCUGCUGCGCACUGGGGAUUGAAGGAGGCUUGCUCCAUCCUGGCAGAAGCACUCUGUGACAUGGAUGUCUGCAACAAACUGGGCCAGACACCAUUUGAUGUGGCUGAUGAGAGUCUCGUGGAACACUUGGAGAUGCUUCAGAAGAAGCAGAAUGUGCUUCGAAGUGAAAAGGAAACACGGAAUAAACUUAUUGAAUCAGACCUAAACAGCAAGUUGCAGAGUGGACUCUUUAAGAACAAAGAGAAGAUGCUAUAUGAGGACGACACACUCAAAUUCCAAGAACUAGAAGAAGAAAACAAAGAAUCUAGUAGCUCCAGUUCAGAGGAAGAAGGUGAAGAUGAAGCUUCUGAGUCAGAAACUGAGAAGGAGGCAGAUAAAAAGCCUGAAAUCACUGUCAGUCAUUCCAGUUGUGAAAGCCAGAGUAGUAUCACAGAGCAGAUUCCAACGCCAACUCAGAACACCUUCUCUGCUUCUUCUGCUAGGAGAUUCUCCUCUAGUCUUUUUAACAAGACAGAAGAGGCUAAAGAUGAAUCUCCCUCUUCAUGGAGAUUGGGACUCAGAAAAACUGGCAGCCACAACAUGCUGAGUGAAGUGGCCAAUUCCAGGGAUGCUUUAAGGGACCGAAGCUCCUCCAUCUACCGCUCCUCUUCAAGCCCUCGGAUCUCUGCUCUACUGGACAACAAAGAUAAGGAAAGAGAAAACAAAGGCUAUUUUAGUUUGCUGGCACCCCGGAGGCUCAGUAGUACAAGUGACAUUGAAGAAAAAGAAAACAGAGAGUCAGCUGUGAAUCUGGUGAGAAGUGGCUCCUACACAAGGCAGCCGUGGAGGGAUGAAACAAAGGGGAGUGAAAGCCCGCAGACAGCGACUUCUUCCACCUAUGUGUCAAUCUAUUUGAAAAGUGCUUCAUUUGGUAGAAGUAGUGACCCCACAACUCCCUACAUUUCAACCAAUCGCAAUUCACCUCCUGCUACCUCACCCAUUACCAUUGGUUCAUCUACCUCUCGGGGCAGCCAGUGGCAACCUGCCUCUUGCUCUGCACCAAUCAGUGCAUCAGUACAACAUGGCAGGACUCCUUACAAAUCACAGGCUGACUCAACAGCAGAGAAAACAGCAGACACUGUCUCCUCUAGCACCCCGCUUUGCGUGAUCACCAAUCGUCCUCCACCUAGCACUGCCAAUGGGAUCACAGCUGUCACAGUGUCGUCCUCUACUGCAGCAGACCCCUCUGUGGAAGCCAGGGAGAAGAGGAGGUCCUAUCUGACUCCUGUACGGGAUGAGGAAGCCGAGUCUUUACGGAAGGCACGCUCCAGACAAGCUCGACAGACUCGGAGGUCCACUCAAGGUGUUACCCUAACAGACCUUCAAGAAGCUGAAAAGACUUUUAGCCGUUCAAGGGCAGAACGCCAAGCUCAAGAUCAGCCUAGUGAGAAGCCUGUCAAUACUGCAGGGCUGGAAGGGAGCAGCGAGAAGCAAGAUCCCUCAACAAAACUGGCAAAGGAAGCUGGGGAGAGCCAGCAGCCUUGGGGCAGAAGUCUGGAUGAGGAGCCUGUCUAUCGUCGCCUGAGGUGUCCAAGUCAGCCAGAAAAACCAACAACCUCAGUGUUACCUUCUGUUUCAAGACCCUCACUCUAUACCAGUUCCCAUCUGCUACGGACAAGUAGAUCUUCAGUCCCUGAUACUGAGAGUUCAGAGACUGCCACAAACACUAUAACUGCAAAGGAAAUGGACAAGAAUGAGAGUGAAGAAGCAGAUUUAGACGAUCAGUCCUCUAAUCGACUGUCCAUCCGAGAGAGGAGGCGGCCCAGGGAACGUCGAAGAGGCACAGGCAUCAACUUCUGGACAAAGGAUGAGGAUGAGGCUGGUGAUUCUGAAGAGGUCAAAGAAAGCUGGCAUGAAAGACUUUCUAGGUUGGAAUCGGGGGGUAGUAACCCUUCAACCAGCGAUUCUUACAGUGACCGGCCCUCAGCCAGAGCCCGUCGGGAGGCCCGGGAGGCUCGUCUAGCCAGCCUGACCAGCCGAGUGGAAGAGGACAGCAACAGGGAUUAUAAAAAACUGUAUGAGAGUGCCCUGACUGAAAACCAAAAAUUGAAAACAAAGCUUCAGGAGGCUCAGCUAGAGCUAGCAGACAUAAAAUCCAAGCUUGAGAAGAUGGCCCAGCAGAAACAGGAGAAGACCUCUGAUCGAUCAUCAAUGCUGGAGAUGGAGAAAAGGGAGAGGCGAGCCUUGGAACGGAAAAUGUCGGAAAUGGAGGAAGAGAUGAAGAACCUCCACCAGCUAAAACAGAUUCAAACCUUGAAGCAGAUGAACGAGCAACUGCAGGCUGAGAACAGAGCCCUGACCCGAGUGGUGGCCAGACUCUCGGAGUCCAUCGAGUCCUCGGACACCCAGGAGCUCUAGUUCUUGCCUUUCCUCUUCACCUCACUUUCCUCCUCCACUACUCCAGGUGUUAACAGAACUGAAAUCUGACAACCAGAGGCUGAAAGAUGAAAAUGGUGCCCUCAUCAGAGUCAUCAGCAAACUGUCCAAAUAAAUUAGGUUCCACAUUGAGGAGUGAGGGGACAGAAUUUCCUGCCCUACUCUUUUAUCCAGCCAUUGCCUUCCAGCCAAAAGAAAUGAAUGUUUUGGUGGAAGGCCGCUUCGUCUUGAACCUCUUCAGUCACCUCCUCUGCAGUUUUCUCUGUACUCUGAAUGCCCGGUUCCUCCCACACCCCCAUCUUGAGUUUUAUGACAGUAUCAAUUGAAGCAUGAUUGUUCCAAGCCGUCUGGAGAAGGCCUUGUGGAGCACACUAAGCUCAGCCUUGGGCCCCAGCUUCUGAUGCUUUUGUCUGUAUUGGAUUUGGUUCAAACCAUAGGCUUCUGCCCACAGCCUUACGCUGACCCAGCAUCCUCUGAUAUAGGUGAGUCCUGUGCUGGCAACUCUAGGAUCCUGUCUGGGAAGUAAAGAGAAAUGACAGGAUAGCGAACAAAUCACCAGACACUCUGGAGCUACAUUUCUUUAGAGUCCAAGGUGACCAUGACUCUGCUUCAAGGUUCUGUAUCCUUCCCCUGACUCAUUUUUAUUUCUUCUAACAGUAACGUAGCACCAUCCCUGACUAGCCUGAACCUUUUUCUUCCUUCAUGCCUAGCCCUUUUUCCAGCGCUUAUGUGACGCUGGCCUCUCCUUUCUGUCCUUUCAUUCUUCCUCCACACUGCCUGCUCGCUUGAUUGUGUAAAAGCUGGAAGAGAGCAUCUGACCUCACUUGUUCUCAGCCAUUACGGAAAACCUGGGGGCUAAACAAUCAUCACUCUGGUGUCUUGGGGACACCCCAUGAGCCCUGACCCUGCAAAGCGAAGCCAUGGUAUGAAUGUCAGCCUGUUUCCUUCUCCUACUUGUCUUCUUUCUGCAAGGUUAUUUUUUGUACUAGAAAACCUGGGCUGUGGAUCCCCGUUCUCCUUUGCCUCCCUUUGACCUUGUUUCCUCUUUGCUCUGGCACCUGCUCCUGCUGAGAAAUGAAGUCACUGCAAGGAGGUCCGGGUGGUGGAGAGGGCCGGGUGGUGGAGAGGGCCGCUUGUCAGGAGCUGGACUACAGAGUGAGGACAGGGCUAGGGAGGACAGGGAGAUAGUGAAAGUAAAGGAUCUGAGGACACUCGUGAUAUAACAAGACUGUCGGCCCAUUAUGCUCGGGAGAAUGGUGAUGAAUUUGAUUGUUUCAGGUGGUUAGAUUUGGGGCAGAGACAUUUGUUUUCUUAACAACUAACAGGAAAAAACGACAGCUUGGAAAAGGUUUAAAGGGAUGAGGUACUUCCAACCCAUCAGAGUCGUGGAAGUUAGAGUGGCAAGGCUAAGUGAUCCCUUAAUUCAGUUUUCCAGUGGUAUCACAGCUUUAACUAUUGUCAGGUAGCCUCUGGUGGCCGUGCAUUUAUUACUCAGGGGUUAGGCAACACAUACCCAGAGAGUUUCUGCCGACAGCCUAGUUCGGCCUGUGAAUUCUCCCUGUAGGCCGCAUCCGGUCUUUGUAGCUCUUCAUGUGACAUUCUUUCCUUUUCACGUGGUUGGUGCUCAUGUUUUUCACAGUCCUUAUAAUCAUUACUCACCUGGCAUGCUUUCCAUGCCUGUCACAUCUUGGCCUUCUUGCUUUAAAAUAUGCCCAGACCAUAACAGAAGUCUCCAUAAUUACAGCACACAAUUAAACCAUUAAUUUUCAGUGAUGACCCAGUGUUAAUGUGAAUACUUCUUUUGUAGGAAUUUUAUCUCUUCGUUCAUUUUGAGGGUACAGAUCAUUUAAGGCCCUGUCAUUUUAGUGUAAAUAGUGACAGUGCAGAGAGUAGUCUGUCCAUUCCCUUAACAUGUCUUACCUCUGUUAGUUUCUUUCCUGAAACAGCAGUGUCAUUCUUUGUGACUCUUGGAAACAUCCAGCACCCUUUCAACAGAAGGUGUCAUUCGAGAUCCCAAGGUUCCAAAUGGGAAGCAUGUCUUAUCUGACAGAAACCCAGCUUUAGAGUAUCCAGAUUCUCUCUUCCAUUGUUACCCAUUUUUCAGGAGAAGCUGUGCCUACCUUGGGACUUUGUAUCGUCACAGAGGCACUGUAAGCUCAGUUCUCAGGACAUGCAGAAUACGACAAGAAUUUCUGCAUCUUCUACUGUAAGAAUUCCUUUCACUCUGUGUAGAGGAAGUCAAAAGGGCAUUGGCUAAGUGAUUCUUAUGGCAUACCUUGGAUAUUAGUAAAGACAUUAUUGUCUCUUUCAUAGGAAAAGAAAUUUGGAUUAUAAGGAAGACAUUUUGAGCCUUUUCUAUUCUGUAGACCAGGUAAAAGAGUUACAAAGAGUCCCUCAGAUCCCUUUGUGCCUUUCAAAAUAUGGGAGGCAGGUUUUCAAAACUUUCAGAUUGGCAUGACAUCUCUACUGGCCUACACAGCCCUUCCAUGAUAAAGAUGCUUUUUGCCAGGAAAUUUUCCUUGUGACAAAAGAUUUUCAAGCUUUUUAAUCUCAGGAAUACUGGAUUCUAAGGUUAAGAACUCAAAAGCAUUAACCAUCCUAAGUAAUUUCAGGCACUUUCUCUUAUACUCUUAAUUUUAUUAGAUAACAUUUUCAAUUCUGGUCUCUUCAAAUUAAACAUUAUUUCUUUACAACUAUGUUGCGUGAUAGCUCUACAAGGUAAUGGUUAGAGACCUCUAGCAACCAGCUCUUUUCUGGUGCCUGCGCCCCCGGUCUCCUGUGCUUCUGCUGCUUGGCCAGUAACCUGCUUGGUCUCCUCAGUGGCCACUGACUUCCUGUGUGGUUUAAGUGCUCUCAAGCACCCUGCUGCAGCUCUAACCUGGGGUAGCUACUUGCUGGCCUGCAUUGUGGGCGUGGCUCUCUGUCACUUUAGUCUCCACAGGAAGUAUCAGAAUAGAGAAGAGUGUAUUCUUGGACAGCUUCAUACCCUGUUCCCAUUGCCACACCUCUGGGAGCAAUGAUUGGGCCAUUCCUGAGAUUCUCUGGCUGGGAUUUGCCUUCCAGGGACUGCCCAUCCUUCCACGUAGCUCCAGGGUGCAAUGACCCAGCCCCAUCCCUGACUCUAGUAUAAAGGUUAGGUGCAUUGAGGGGGCCACCGCCAAAGGACCUGAAGUACAAGUGUCCCAUUAGCCUCAGUGUAUUCAGGAUCCUGGGCUGGUCGCCAACACAUUUCCUAGGGCCACCCUGUUCAGGAUUUGCCCUGGUUUCUUUCCCUUCCUCACCCACAGAGACCUAGAUAUAUUUGCUGCUCUCUGAGGCCACAGGUGGGUUUCAUGUGUCUGUGGAAGAUCCCAUUCUCUCUGUGCCCCCCCUUCCCAAAAAAAACCAUGCCAAUUUAACAGCUUGCUCAGAAAGUAGGGAGGUUAAAAUGCUGCUUCAUAGACUGUGAAUUCCACUAAAGCAUGCAUACUGCUGGCCAUUUCUCCACUAGGAAUGUAUAAUUGAGCCUUAGAUGAGGGAGAGAAACUCACAGCCCAUGCACUUUACUAGCUCUCUUAAUUUCUGGCUCCUCACAACCUGCCUAAGCCACAGACAUUCCCCACUUCUGGAGGAACUGUGGCCGCUUCCUGACAGUGUGGGCACUCAUUAGCACACACUGGUGAAGAAAGGACCCUGCAAGGUGUCACCAGCUGUCCUGCCUGCAGCCUGCUUUGCAUGGAAAGUGUAAAGAUCCAGCAGCUAGGGAAGGAGGAAGUCCCUGUCCCACCCCACCACGUGAGCCACUGGGUGCACUGGAGUUGUGGGAGCCUUCUCUCCUGAGUGUUGCCAGGGGUCGUAGAGCUGCACCGUGCAUACCCACACUGUACUUAGCUCAACACAUUUAUCAGUCAGAGUCCCUCCCCAGUGCAGAGGCAGGCUUGUACCCUCAAAGUAUGACUAGCUCUGGGCAGAGCGUGAGGCACUGUGAGAAGAUAAGCCCCAGGGAGUGACCACCUGUGUCCCAGGGCCAGCUCCCAUUAGCCAUGUGACCUUUGGCAAGGUAAUCUUUAAAAUCCCUUCUGGCUUAAAAUUUCUGUGAUUUACUCAUUCUUAGGAAGAUCAGAACAUUUCUUAGACUUGAAAUUAUUGAAGCAGAAAUUUCUUUUAGAAAAUUUCUUUUAAGUUCAAGAACAAAAAUUGUUUUCUUUCGGAUUCAAACUGUAACAUCAUGUCAAGGUUGACUUCUCAUCCUUGUUGGAAAGUGAGUUUGAUAUUGAAGGUAAUUGAAUGCUUUUGCAGUUGUUUUCCUCGUAAUGGUGUGGUAAGAAUAUUAAAACCUGCAGAGGUGGAAAUUGGAGCAUGUGAGGAAAUGGAUAGAAAGCAAUUUGUUGCUGGCAGCCUUUAGACAAAUUGUUUUAAUAGGAAAUAGAGCUGCUGCUUCAUAGGUUUCCACAGCUGCCGUUCCUCGGCCUGCUCAGAGGUAAGCUACUGUGGCUCUCAACACCGAGACAGCAGGCUGCAUUGUAUUGCUGCUUAUUGCCAGCUGGUUCCUGGCCUUGAACUCUGCCUUGCAACAGCGAGAGAACUUUCCUAUGUAAAACUUAAGCUUUUAGUUCCAUGGAGCUACUCCCCUGGGUUCUGAGUCAUCAGAAGUAGGAGGCCCUAGUGCUGUUCAAAGAGUCUUUUCUUUAAAGCAGGUCUGCAGAGAUUUCCAAAGCAGUAAGCAUUUAUGAGCUACCCAGCCAUGCUGCGCAGGGCAGCACCAAACUCAGAAGCCGACGGGUUUGCAUGUGAGCAUAGCAGAAGGGCAGGGACCUGGGACAUGGAAGUGGCUGCAUGCUGUAGUGUGUAAAAGGCAGCCAACCUUUGAAUGUGGAGUAGAAAGAGGCAAAGCACAUGGAAAUGAAUUUGUCUCACCAGUGACUUCAUCCCUCAGCCUCCAGCUGAGCAGAGAUUUUAAUCAACUUCCUAAUGGGCAUUGACACUUCUCAGGAGCUAUAGAUCCUAUCAGAGACAGCUAUUGAUCUCUUAUGUUCUGAUUAGAUUGGGAAACUCGAUCCAGUUCAUUACAGCCUGGGAACUAUUGUCAUCACAGCUACUAAGGGAGAGGUAUCUCUGAGAGCUGAGGAAGAACACACACAAUCAGCCAACCAGCCAGCUACUGAAUGGUGAGGGAGGAUGCACUUGUUUGUCCUUAGGAGCUGCAGCUGAGGGUCAGAGUUGAACUGGGGCAUGGUCUAUAGCUGGGGUCUGAAAGCCCUGCUGGGGAAGAACUGUCAGUAAAAGGUAGAAACAUCUCAAGACCACAGUACUGACAGAUGCGUUCUUGGCUUGAGAGUUGAGGCUCACUCUUCUGGUCUGUGUGCAUCCAUGUGCACUUGUGCUGGCCUGGAGUUUUGAAUGCAGCCUGGCACAUUCUUGAUCAGAAAUGAGAACUUGGAAACUAAUUUUCCCUAAGUCUGUUGUUUUAUCAAUUCCUUUCUUUCUCUCCUGCCCUCUUCCAAGACUUCUGUGCUGUUCUCAUCUGCUUAUCAUUUUAGACUGUGAAUCUGCCAGAGUGAUAGUUAUUUCUCCUCCAAAUUUUCCCUUCAUGCUUCCAGUAAAAUUUUACUUGGGUGGCCCCUUAAGGUGAUAUCAGAGUGCCUGAUCUCCUUCCAAAAUAAGCAUACUGUGCUCUCUUUCCCUCUCCUCUCCUUCCACAUUCUUUAUUCCUUGCUUUCCUCACUUGGACCCUCUGGUACUUUACAGAAAGUUCUCCAUGAAUCAGUGAGAACCAGGGGGAGUUUAUACAUAUACACCAUCCACCACCUCCAUCCCAUUCCUUCCAGUUUGAAGUUCCCUGCUGUGCUAAUGCCUCUCAAAGAUGAGGGGUGACUUGUAGGCUUUGCAGGCCUGAGGCUUCUGAGACUGUGGGCAGCUUUGUCUAGUUUGUUCUGUCUUUGUCCCGAGAGGGUAACUGGUUCCAGCUUAAGGCAUCAGAGUGUGUCUCAGCACAGCUGGAUCCAUGUGUCAGUGCAUCUGUGACAGCAGCUCAGCCCAUCCCUCCCUGGCAGGAGGAGGACUCAGAAGAGGUGCACCACCUCUGGGGAGCCUCCAAAGAGGCUCUAUGUGCUCCCAAGAGCAGAGCUGGGCAUCAGAAUACAGAUCCAAACAAGGAUGCGUUCAGUUCGAGUGCCAGCUUGAAUUUGACCCUUGACCCUACCUGAAAUCUCUGGGCUUGCUGGUCUUCCACUUGCCUGAACCCUCAAACAGAUUUCAGCUUGUCCUCGGGUACAGAGGCUGAGGAAGGAAGAGGACGCCGGGAGGCAGGCUGCAGGGCAGAAGAGGGCUCUGGGAGGGUGAGCCCUAUGGAGGGUCGGGUGCCACCUGGCUGGCUCUUCAAAGAGGGCCAGGAUUUCCCAGGGAGAGAAUAUGUUUUGCCCUUGCAUCCGUCUCUUGGAAGAAGACAACAGCCUGUUCCCAAGGGAACGGUUCAGACCCGGGCUCUUGGCCUUAGGGUUUCCCCCUUCAUUCUUGCCUCUGCCCUGACCUUGAUCAAACAGAGGUGAAAAGAGCAGAAAGGACUCCUCACCUUACUUCCACCAUAGUUACAGCACCAGAUGUAACUUUUCAGCUGAGCUGUGUGGGUUUAAUCAGUUCACUGUAAAUACACCUGGAGUAUUGAGGGAGGGGAAGCCAGCUCACUUUGUGAACUGAAUGUAUUUUUAUGCAAUUUUGAGUGGCCUUUCAACCCUGAAAUGGAUUUUGUUUUACUGGUGGUUAUUCUAUAGUUAUUAAGUAUUCUGUGUUUGAAAGUUUGGGAAAAAUAAUAUUCACAUCUCUGUGAUGCCUAUAAACACAACAGUAUUUAUAACUCAGUAAAACUGUUUUAACUUUG